CAUCUCGCGCAGUGGAAAAUCAAGUGAUAAACAGGCAGUGACAACGCAAUUAUUGAUGGUGAAUGGAUCCCAGCAAAAUAACAAGUUUGGCCACUCUGCUGCGCGACAAUGGCCACAAAAUCCUCAGCGGUGAGGCCAAGCUGACGCUCUCAGGCUCCCUUAUCCGCGCUCUAAAUGACUCAUUCAGCCUGAUAGUGGACGAGAAUGCGGAUAAAUGCUCCCCGCACACAUUCUACGUCUGCAAGCCCAACUACUCCAAAUCAGAUGUGUUCCGAGACUUGCAGUUCAUCUUUGACUUUGUCCAGAAGACAAUCCAUCUGUGUGUGAAUCAGCUGCACGGAGACGACCAGACCGACGAUGUGGUGGAUCUCACGAACUUCCGGACCCUGGAGAAGCUGGAGAUAAAUAAGGUGGCCUUGAGGAAAUUCCGUGGCAUUCAGAGAAUGAGGGCUCAGCUUCAGGAAGUGGUGUGCGUGAAGUGCCUCUCCAGCAUUCGGGAACUCUUCCUCGACUGCGGUGGUGACAAAUGUGGUGGUUUCGUAUGGAAUGAACUGAAAUCUGCCAACUUCUCAGGGAACAUCUUGAAAUCCCUGGACAGAUCGCUCGAACUGACGCCUUGGCUGCAAAAUCUCACCCUCAGUCACAAUCAACUUGAGAAAAUCCCGGAAAUUCGACUCCUGCCCAACCUCAAAAUGCUCGAUGUGAGCUUCAAUCUAUUGACAGAGAUGCCAAACUUUCAUCCUGAGGCUUCUCGCCGCCUUCAAAUGCUGAACAUGAGAAACAACCUUCUGGAAAACGUAACGGGUGUUUCCUGCCUCGACGGUCUCUAUGAACUGGAUGUAGGUGGAAAUUUCCUCAUUGACCACUCAAGUUUACUUCCUUUGUGCACUCUCGCCGCUCUGCGGUACCUAAAUCUGCUGGGGAAUCCUCUGGCCUUCCAUCCCAAGCAUCGAGAGGCGACAGCGCGAUAUCUGCAUGGAAAUACAGCUUCAAUAAAAUUUGUCCUGGACAGCAGCCACCUCAGCAAGCAUGAAAAGAGCCUCACGGGCGCAUACAGCAGUUACCACCCCAUACUCAUGCGCUCAGCCCAUUCCGAGAGCCCGUGGGCAAUUCAGGGGCGCAGGAGCAACACCAAUGAGGGCUCCUCAGUGGCCACAAGUCUGGGAUCGACGAGCAGUUUCCAGAUCACGACAGAGGUUCCCAUGGACAGAUCAAUUGCAGAAUCAACGAGCAGUCACAGAAAGUUGAGGGUGAGAAAUGCUCAAAUUGCAGACAAUCCCGAACCCAAGAGCAUUACUACAAACAUCGAUGCGACCAUUGAGGGACGGAAUAAGGAGCAUUUGAAGACAAAGGAGCAAAUUGAAAAUCUUCGGGAGCAAUUUGGUGACUCGUGGCUUCACAGGGAAGGCGCAAGUCUAGUGAAGAGCGUAAUUGGUGGCUUCCCAGAAGACAAUAAGACUCAAGGAAGUAUUCUGGAGAAGAAUGCUCUCGUGGCUGAACUCUAUUCUGAGCCUCUGAUUGCUGAACCAAUGGCAGAGGUUGAAGAAGAGUCAGCGAAACAAUCUACCCCAAAGGAAGAAGGCCUUAUUAUGCGUCAAAGUCCAACGGAAUCACCCAUAAAAGCCGCAUCAGAUGCUGAGGAACAGACAAAAGAUUUAAAUAAUCUUGAGACAAUAUACAAAACUGCCAAAAGCAAUCCCAGCAUUGAGAUUACGAGUGAUUACACAACCGCUAUUGAAGAGGAGUCCGAUCCGGAGGACAACGAGGUGGCCUAUUUUGUAACACGCGUCUCCAGUGGCCAGGAAGUUCUGCUCAUUGUUUCGGAUUUGAGCAUCAAGGAGAAGAAUCGUAAGACGAAACAGACUCUCUUCAGGUGGAGUUUGAAGUCUGUUGAGAGUUGUGAAAGGACAAAAUCGGAUGUUUUGUGUAUAAAUUUCAACACUAUCAAGAAAGAUCGCAAGGAGAGAAACUAUCAGAUGCCACCGGACUCUUGUCAGAAACUGCAGAGUUACCUCAGGGACUUCCUAGCCAGUCGUCCACUGUCUGAGAUGAACCAAAUUGUGUACAAAUGUGCCAAUUGCACCACUCAGUUCUGUCGAGAGAUCGGAAACCAACAGAUUAAGCGUGAUAUUUUCUGUCCAGAAUGCAAAAGCGAGUUUGUGAUUGAGAUGCAUGAAUCGCCACCGGAAAAGGGAGUUUCUCUGGACUCUCAGGCGACACCAGUUCAAGUGGCUAGCUCUGCAGAGGCUGCCACUGAUCAAAAUAGCAGUAUCGCACUGGCGACGGUUCUGAGGAGAUCACCACUUAACACCAAAUUGAGAUCUGCGGGAUCUAUCAAUGAGUCCUCGUCCUGUUCGAAGAUCUCCAACAAUGGAUCCUUUGACUCAAAUCAAAGCGUUGCCGGCAGUUCAACUUCUGAGCGUGACAGAGAUCCUGAUAUUCAUCUCUCGUCCAGAUUCAAUGCUGAAAGUGACGUGGAGAUCCUCAGUAAUCCCAGCCAGAGUAGCAUAGAAGUUCUGGAUAGCAGCAAGAAUUCCAGUCGAAAGCAUUCUGAAGAGCGAAAAAUAUCCCACGUGCCCAGUUUGGAGACCAUCACGGACCACAGUAGUGUCAAAGAGGCGAGUGUGUUGGCUGAAGAGAAGAUCCGACCGAAUUUGGCUGAGAAGAAGGAUCUCAUCAGGCAGACUUUCCUGAAUUUGACCGAGAGCAGUUCUUCAGGAUCCAUCACAGACAGCAUCUGCACAGCAUAUGAGCACAGUCAGGAAGCGGAGGAGCACAAGCAUCUGUCGCCUGUGGAGGUGAUUUCGGAGGAGGACAACAGGACCCAGUCAUCCUUCUUUGGGUUUCUCAGUGCCUUCGCUACGACGAACAAGGUGGACGGAAUUGUGAUACCCAUUGCAGAUCCCUUCAAGUUCACCUUCGAUGAUUUCGGGAAUGUGGACCAUCGGAUUCAGGUGUAUCUGUAUCAGCACAUCUUCAUGGAAAACUCUGAGAAGCUUCUGUGGGUUGUUCGUUGUCGCUUCUGCGAUGAGAAGAUCUCCACUGAGUGGUUUGAUGGGAUCGUUGUCAUGUCCACUGUGAGAUUCUACACGUUUAUCAUUACGGGAGAAGAGAAUGACGAUCCGUCCAAGUGGCUUAGAAGACUCGCUUUGGUGCCUGUUGAGGAGAUGAAAUCCAUCAAAUGUCUUCCCUGGAGUGUAGGAGUGACUUUCAGCACUCGUCACAUGGCCAGUGUUCACAUUUUGCUGAGAGAUUCGCGGAGAACGCAGAGCUUCUUUAAGUUUCUGCAGAAGUCGACAAAUUGUCGCCCCGUGGGAUGUUCGGUGGUGGCUGAGAAUCAGGAGGAUUUGCUGCAGACGUACCAGAACGAGUCUAUUAGGACAUUUGCCAUCUUCGAACACUGCGAACGACGCGUGGAUGAGACGAAAUUGACUGUGAGCUUUGGGGGAAUCAUUGUCACUGAGAAGACCUUCCACAUGACUUCCGGAGGACACAAGUGGAUGACAGAGAAAGGCGAUCCGGCCGUGGGAGUGGUUCACACGCAACUCCUUCAAGAUAUGGUGGAAUUGGAGCCAAAGAGUGACACGGAAUUCAUUCUCAACUUCCUGGAUGAGCGGGAAAAUAAGUGUGAACAGUGGUUUUUGAGAUUCGCCACUCCGGCUGUUGUUCAGGACGUCCUGGCGGCAAUCCGUGAGCCCUGGGAGCGACUCUUUGAAGUUCAUCUCAUCGCCAAUUCCUAACUCGUUCGACGUAUUUCAUUUUAACA